GUACGCCUAUUAUUUGUACGGCAGCCAUUAAGCUGAGCAGCAUAUGCAGCGUCCUCAUACAAGCAAAUUCCGUAAUUUAGUAACUGCCGUACCUAUUGGUUUUGCUCGCCGCAUUUGUUUGUGUCUUCAUUACACUAAAUCAACUCGCACCACCUCUGCUGCUACAGUAGAACUUGGCCGGGCGUGAACUUAUUCGUGCACUGAAUCCACUGAUACGAGUCCUACAACAGCUCCGAAGAUGUGGAUUUUUUUGGUGGCUCUGUAUUUAUUCGGUACACUUAACGCUGUUUUCGGUGCUUUCGUUGUUAAACAACCGCGCGAUACUGUAGUGGUAAGCGUAUGCUCGUUCGACGAUGGUGAUACGUGUGGAUGGGGUCCAGUGGAUGGUUUGCGUCCAAACUACCAGUGGAAUCUGAUCUCCGCUUCCAGCCCUGCAUUUGAUGUUAAUCUGGCGAUCCCGGUAGAUGAUUUGACGCAGGCCGGUUCCGGACUGUUCCUCUACUUCAACACGAGUGCCACUCCCGCGCGCGGAACGAUACUUACCAAGGAAUUCAUCCGUCAAAGCCCGGACGAUGCACUGUGCCUGAAAUUUUGGACAUAUAUGAAGGGCAGUAAUCCGGGUGACCUGUAUCUUAUGAUAACCGGUGGGAACGGUGGGUUGAUAUCCAAUCUGGAGAUGUUUGCACUUCCGGGCCGGGAAACGCGCCAGUGGGAGCAGCAAAUGGUUCAAAUGCCCGUGGGAGUGGAUACCAUGAAAGACUUCACGCUAACGUUCGAAGGUAGACACGGGAUUUUCGAAGGUCAUGGUGGCAUUGCCAUGGAUAAUAUAUCGACUACUCCUGGACUAUGCCGAUAAACUGGCCCUUCUCACUCCAUGUAGUGAAGGUCUCGUUUAAAUGGGAAGAAUAUCGGUUUGCAACAGAAGUUUGCAUUCGGUUUGAAAAUUGGAGUGUAACGGCGUUAUUUUGUUUUUGGAAACUAGGCAGUAAAACUGUCUUUUAGUUUAUCACUCGCUUCUUCUUAAGUUAGGAGGAAAAGCCGGUGUUGUCUUACAGUCAUGUUGAAUUAUCUUUUAGUACUACUUAUUAAUUUGCAUACGCGUAAAGCGUUUGCAUUCUGUAUAUCUAGACAAUUUUUUUAACAUAUCGAAUGGUUAUCUUUACAUUGAUUGGCUUUGAUGACCGGAUGUAAACAGCUACGAAGUUUCCAGCUAACUUCCAAACACAUCUGAUGCUGUGCC